CUCUCCAAACCCCCUGUUAAAGUCCCUGAUAUGACACGAGGAGCGACCAAAAACCACUUCACUCAACAGGCUUCAAUCAAAAUUUUGCGCCUCAUUUGUACAGUUUGUCCGACUUUCUUCAAACGGGAAAGUUUUCAUUCACGUGUGUGUGCAGCUUUACUGAAUCAGUAGGCUAACAUGACAAAAAUCCUGCUGGCUUACAGCGUUGUUAAAGCCCUGAGACAAGGCUGUGUGCUGGGCAGGAGAGCUGGGAACACGUCGGCAUGGCUCAGAUCUCAAACUACUAGACUUUUUAGUGUCAAGGCCCAGACGGCCCACCUGGUCUUGGAGGACGGCACCAGGAUGAAAGGCUUUUCCUUCGGGCAUGAUUCCUCUGUAGCAGGGGAACUCGUCUUCAAUACCGGCCUGGUGGGGUACCCUGAGGCCCUGACUGACCCCAGCUACAGAGGUCAGAUCCUGACCCUGACCUACCCUAUCGUGGGAAACUACGGAGUCCCCAACAGCCAGGAGCUGGACGAGCUGGGCCUGAGGAAACAUCUGGAGUCAGAUCGGAUCCAGGUUUCUGGACUUCUUGUUCAAGACUACAGUCAUGAAUACAGCCACUGGAACUCUGUCAAGUCUUUGGGACAAUGGCUCCAAGAAGAGAAGGUUCCUGCACUGUUUGGAAUAGACACCAGGAUGUUGACCAAGAUCAUCAGAGACAAGGGCACGGCUUUGGGGAAGAUAGAGUUUGAAGGGCAGCCUGUGGAGAUAUCCGACCCCAACCAGAGGAACCUGGUGGCAGAAGUCUCAACCAAGGAAAUCAAAGUGUAUGGAAAGGGAAACCCAGUGAAAGUGGUGGCUGUUGAUUGUGGCAUUAAACAUAAUAUCAUUCGUCUGCUGGUGAAGAGGGGUGCCGAGGUCCACCUGGUCCCCUGGAACCAGGACCUGCUGAGUCUAGAAUACGACGGGCUUUUCAUCUCCAACGGACCCGGAGAUCCUUCUCUGGCUCAGACGCUCAUCAACAACGUCCGCAAGGUGCUGCAGAGCGACCGUCCUGAGCCGGUCUUUGGGAUCUGUAUGGGGAACCAGAUCACGGCUCUGGCUGCAGGAGCCAAGUCAUACAAGCUGCCUAUGGGAAACAGAGGCCAGAACCAGCCGGUGGUGAACGUGAUGACGGACCAGGCCUUCAUCACGGCUCAGAACCACGGCUACGGCAUCGACAGCGACUCCCUCCCCCCGGGAUGGAGCCCGCUGUUCGUCAACGCCAACGACGGCACCAACGAGGGCAUCAUGCACAACACUAAGCCCGUUCUCACGGCCCAGUUCCACCCGGAGGCUAAAGGCGGUCCCACCGACACAGAGUUCCUCUUCGAUGCCUUCAUGUCUCUGAUCAAGAAAGGAAAAGAUGCAAAUAUAUAUUCAGUCAUGCCAAAGAAGCCAAGCAUUCCUCCCAGAGCCCAGGUGUCGAAGGUUCUGGUUCUGGGUUCUGGAGGUCUGUCCAUCGGUCAGGCUGGAGAGUUCGACUACUCUGGAUCUCAGGCCGUCAAGGCCAUGAAGGAGGAGAACCUGAAGACGGUGCUGAUGAACCCAAACAUCGCCUCGGUCCAGACUAACGAGGUGGGAACCAAGCAGGCCGACUCCGUCUACUUCCUGCCCGUCACGCCUCAGUUUGUGACGGAGGUGAUCAAGGCGGAGCGUCCCGACGGGAUCCUGCUGUCCAUGGGGGGACAGACGGCACUCAACUGUGGAGUUGAGUUGUUCCAGCAUGGCGUCCUGGAGAAGUACGGGGUGAAGGUGUUGGGGACCCCGGUGGAGUCCAUCAUGGCCACAGAGGACAGACAGCUCUUCGCUGACAAACUGAUGGAGAUCAACGAGAAGAUCGCACCGAGUUUCGCUGUCAAGACGGUAUCAGACGCUCUGGAGGCUGCAGAGAAGAUCGGCUACCCGGUGAUGCUGCGCUCGGCCUACGCCCUCGGAGGUCUGGGCUCUGGUCUGUGUGCCAACAGAGAGAAGCUGGAGGAAACUGCCCACAAGGCUCUGGCGAUGAGCAGUCAGAUCCUGGUGGAGAAGUCUCUGCUGGGCUGGAAGGAGGUGGAGUACGAGGUGGUGAGGGACGUGGCUGAUAACUGCGUCACCGUCUGCAACAUGGAGAACUUCGACCCACUCGGCAUCCACACAGGUGACUCCAUCGUGGUGGCACCCAGCCAGACGCUGUCCAACGAGGAGUACCACAUGCUCCGUGAGACGGCCAUCAAAGUGGUCCGUCACCUCGGCAUCAUCGGAGAAUGUAACAUCCAGUACGCCCUGCACCCGUCCUCCCUGGAGUACUGCAUCAUCGAGGUCAACGCCAGGCUCUCCAGGAGCUCCGCCCUCGCCUCCAAGGCCACCGGGUAUCCCUUGGCGUUUGUUGCCGCCAAGCUGGCUUUAGGUAUCCCCCUACCGGAGAUCAAGAACGCUGUAUCGGAGAAGACCACGGCCUGCUUCGAACCCAGCCUGGACUACAUCGUCACCAAGAUCCCCCGCUGGGACCUGGACCGCUUCCAGGGCAUGUCCCAGGAAAUAGGCAGCGCCAUGAAGAGUGUUGGAGAGGUGAUGGCGGUGGGCCGGACCUUUGAGGAGAGCGUGCAGAAGGCCCUGAGGAUGUGUCAUCCAUCAGUGGACGGCUUCGUGCCCCGGCUGCCACUCAAGAAAGCCUGGGCCGACUCCCAGGACCUGCAGCAGGAGCUGGCUGUGCCCUCCAUCACCCGCAUCUUCUCCCUCGCCAAGGCGCUCCACAGUGGGAUGAGUGUGGAGCAGAUCCACCAGCUGACCUCCAUAGACAAAUGGUUCCUGCACAAACUCAACAGGAUCACACAGCUGGAGCAGCACAUGGCAAACUACAACAGCGCUACGGUUCCCAAGGGGCUGCUGAUGAAAGCCAAGCAGGAUGGUUUCUCAGACCGGCAGGUUGGACAGAUCCUGGGCUCCAGCGAGCGAGCAGCCAGAGAGCUGAGGCUCAGCCACGGCAUCAAACCCUGGGUCAAACAGAUUGACACCCUGGCAGCAGAGUAUCCGGCCAUGACCAACUACCUGUAUUGCACCUAUCACGGGCAGGAGCAUGACCUGGAGUUCAGAGACCAGGGGAUCAUGGUUCUUGGUUGUGGGCCGUACCAUAUCGGGAGCAGUGUAGAGUUCGACUGGUGUGCCGUGUCCAGCAUCAGAGCUCUGAGGCAGAUGGGGAAGAAGACGGUGGUGGUGAACCACAACCCCGAGACCGUCAGCACCGACUUUGAUGAAUGUGACCGUCUUUACUUUGAGGAGCUGACCCUGGAGCGCAUCCUGGACAUCACCCAGCAGGAGGGCUGCUCUGGCAGCAUCGUGUCAGUGGGAGGUCAGAUCCCCAACAACAUGGCCGUUCCUCUCCACCUGAGCGGGGUGAACAUUCUGGGGACCAGCCCCCUGCAGAUCGACCGGGCCGAGGAGCGCUCCAUCUUCUCCAGCAUCCUAGACGACCUCGGGGUGGCCCAGGCCCCAUGGAGGGCCCUCAGCUCCCUGGAAGAUGCUACUGCCUUCGCCAACCAGGUGGGCUACCCGUGUCUGCUGCGCCCCUCCUACGUCCUCAGUGGCUCUGCGAUGAACGUGGUGUACGGAGAAGAGGAGAUGAAACGCUUCCUGGAGGAGGCCACUCAGGUGUCCCAGGAGCAUCCAGUCGUCAUCACCAAGUUCAUCCGUGGUGCCAGAGAGGUGGAGAUGGACGCUGUGGCCAAAGACGGCAAGGUUCUGGUCCAUGCUAUAACAGAGCAUGUGGAAGAUGCAGGCGUCCACUCAGGAGACGCCACUCUGAUGCUGCCGACCCAAACUAUCAGCCAGGGGGCGCUGGAAAAGGUGAAGAUUGCCACACGGAAAAUUGCACAAGCAUUUGAAAUUUCGGGGCCCUUUAACACCCAAUUUCUGGUUAAAGGCAACGAUGUCAUGGUGAUCGAGUGUAACCUGCGGGCAUCACGCUCCUUCCCGUUUGUGUCAAAAACAAUCGGUGUGGACUUCAUCAGCGUGGCGACCAAAGUGAUGGUUGGAGAGCCGCUGGACGAGGCCAGCCUGCCCUCGCUGGACAAACCCAUCAUCCCUGUAGACUACGUGGGCAUCAAGGCCCCCAUGUUCUCGUGGCCCCGGCUGAGGGAGGCGGACCCCGUGCUGCGCUGUGAGAUGGCCUCGACUGGAGAAGUAGCUUGUUUUGGACCAAACAUUUACUCAGCCUUCCUGAAGGCGAUGCUCUCCACAGGCUUUAAGCUGCCGCAGAACGGCAUCCUGAUCGGGAUUCAGCAUUCGUUCCGACCCAACUUCCUGUCUACAGCCCACCAGCUGAAAGAGGAGGGAUUCAAGCUCUACGCUACUGAAGCCACGUCCGCCUGGCUCUGUGCCAACGAUGUUCCUGCCACUCCCGUCGCCUGGCCCUCCGAUAAGGGCGGAGACGCCAGUCUGCCCAGUAUUAAGAGGCUGAUCAGUGAGGGUCAUAUUGACCUGGUGGUCAACUUGCCCAACAACAACACUCGCCACCUGAAGGACAACUUCGCCAUCCGCAGAAUGGCCGUGGACCACGGAGUCCCCCUCAUCACCAACUACCAGGUGGUGAAACUGUUUGCGGAGGCUCACCGCCACGCUGCCGAGCUCGACACCACCAGCCUCUUCCACUACCGGCAGAAAGAGAAGAGCCAGAGAGAAGCUAACCUGAGAGCUAAGAGCUAAGCUAAUGCCUCCUCCAUUCCCUUCAGCCUCAUUAUUCUAACACAGUGAAGUCUUAACUGGGAGAUAAUUUUCAUCACACUGUUUCUUAAACACUCCUUCUGUUUUUCUAUCCCAUAGUUUAAAGAAGAAGAGCUUUUUAAUGGUAGAAGUCUGUCUGUCUGUCUGUCUGUCUGUCUGUCUGUCUGUUUGUGUUAUCCAGACCAAAACACAAUAACAAUAAUGUUUUUGCACCAUAACACAUGUUUACUUUGACUCCACAAGGCCAAUUUUAGCUGGUGUAUUGCUUUUAUUUAUUUUAUUUUGGCGGGGCCUCUGUGAAUCAGAUGCAAUGACAGUUUUACCAGCAGUGGUUUGGGCACAUUGUAUUUUAAUUCAUUUAGUUUCAUUCAUACAUUUUUUUGUUUGUUUCAGACUUCGAAUGUUGUUGAAAAUGUUCUACAGUUUAUAGUAAUAGUGGAGAAAGUAGCUGCAAUGAAGAUCAUUUCUGAUAUAAAGCAACUUUUAUUUUUCAAGAACCCCAAAGUUUAAAGUUUAAAGUUGAUGAAAACUGAAAUGUUUAUAUAUUUACAUUUAUGUGUUUAUAUUCUGUAUGUUAUGCAAUCAAUGAUCGAAUCUGCGCUACAUUUAAAAACAUCACGCUGUGUCUGAAAUCUCAUACUACACACCCAGU